CCUAUAGACUGAGUCUCUCUUGCUAAAAUCUCAAGGGAGAGGAUCCGAGGUUUGGGUGAGGUGAGUAAUAGGCUUCUCAUAGUCAAUGGGUCAACUACGAUUUGUGUAUGAUUAGACAUGAACUCAAUGACUUCAAACCUCUUUGUGGAAUAAAACCACACCACGCAAUCUUGUUUUCCUCAAAAAAAACAGUAAACAAAAAGGAAAAGUCAUACGUGCCAACUGAGGAAAGAGAGAAAUUCCACUGAUCAGACGGCCGAGAGAGAGAGUCAUACAUUCCUACAGCUGUACCCACAGCAAGACUGUCGGAGAUGUUACCGUCGUUAGAUCCUAUCCGUCUAUUUAACGCACUGUCCAGCGAAAAUAGAGGAUGGGAGAGAGAGGGAGGAUCGAAAUGGAGCCGUCCGACCUCAAUUGCAGAGAUCUCCCUCCCAUCCUCUCCUCCUUCGUCGACGCUUUCGUCGACUUCUCCGUCAGCGGCCUCUUCUUCUCUAAACCUAACCCUAACCCUAACCCUAACCCUAGCGCGCCGCCGGCCACCCGCCUCCCCGCCCCCGGUCGCCUCGUCUCCAUCGGCGACCUCCAUGGCGACCUCCCCAAGGCCCUCCAGGCCCUCUCCCUCGCCGGCCUCACCGACCCCGCCACCACCCGCUGGACCGGAGGCGGAACCGUCGCCGUCCAGGUCGGCGACGUCCUCGACCGCGGGGGCGACGAGCUCCGCCUCGUCUACCUCCUCCACAGCCUGAAGCUCCAGGCCGCCGCUGCUGGCGGUGCCCUCCACACAAUCCACGGCAACCACGAGAUCAUGAACAUUUCCGGGGACUUCCGCUACGCAACCCCCGCCGGCCUCGACGAGUUCCACCGCUGGGCCGUCUGGUACCGCGCUGGCCUCGCCAUGAAACGCCUCUGCCCCGGCGUCGAACCCCCUCCAGACCCCUUCAAAGGGAUCCCCAAAUCAUUCCCCGGAGUCAGAAAGGAAUUUUGGGAAGGAAUCCGGGCCCGGUUCGCCGCCCUCCGUCCGGACGGCCCCAUCGCCAGGCGCUUCCUCGCCGGAAACCAGACCGUCCUUCUCGUCGGCGACUCCGUCUUCGUCCACGGCGGCCUCCUCCAGAAUCACAUCCAAUACGGUCUAGAGAAGAUCAAUGAGGAGGUGAGGGAUUGGAUCAUGGGACUGAAGGGGAGAAUCUCGCCGGUUUUCGUCAGAGGUCGGGACUCGGUGGUGUGGCUCCGGCGAUUCUCCGAGGGUUUGAACUGCGACUGCCGGCAACUUGAAGGAGUGCUCGAAUUGAUCCCGGGGGCGAGGAGGGUGGUGAUGGGGCACACGAUUCAGGAUCAGGGGAUCAAUGGAGUGUGCGAGGACCGCGCGAUCCGGAUCGAUGUAGGCUUAUCGAAAGGAUGCUCGGAUGGAUUGCCGGAGGUCUUGGAGAUCAACGGGGGCGGAGAAUUGAGGAUUUUGACAUCGAAUCCUUUGUACGCUCGACGGGUGGUCGAGGAGGAGAAGAAGGGCCUCGCACUCUUGGUUCCAGACACCAGAAUGAAGGAGGUGGAGGUGAAAGCUUAGAACUCACUUCACCCAGAAAUAGAAGCAAUAAUGAAAUCGAUCAACAUUAGACAACCUCCUGUUGAUUGGGAAAUGAAUACUCUCUUGUAGAUUUUCAAAUAAUAUUGUUCUAGAUUUUGUUGUCAGAAGACUGGAAUUGUGGAAUAUUUUUUUUUUUGGGCUAGUCUGAAUGGGUCCAUGAAUUCUCAGGUUGGGAUCUUUCAUUGACUGAGUUAAUUGUUAAAUAAAGCUUUAGAUCAAUGAAGUGGUUUCAACUAUUUCUAAUUUCA